AUGGCCGCCGCCGCCGUUGAUCCGGGCAUGACAUACCCCGACUCGCCAUACGACGCAGAGGAUGUUCCGUAUCCAUGUAAAGGUUGCGGAGAGAUCCUCGAGGAGGGCAAGGCGUUCGAGCUUGCUGGCAAUCGCUGGCACAUUGACUGCUUCCGAUGUAACACCUGCGGCACUCUGCUCGACUCCGAUGCCAAUCUACUCCUGCUUGGCGAUGGCUCGCUGAUAUGCAACAAUUGUACCUACAGCUGUAGCAGCUGUGGUAACAAGAUUGAAGACCUGGCCAUUCUGACUGGUGACCAAGCCUUUUGUUCAGAUUGCUUCAAAUGUCGCAACUGUAAGAGAAAGAUUGAGAAUCUGAGAUAUGCUCGCACUUCACAAGGCAUUUUCUGCAUGGAUUGUCAUGAAGCCCUCAUGGCUCGGCGACGCAAAAAGACAGGCCGCAAUCCAUCAGCGCGCUCAAAACUUAGCAGCAACAUAUUGUUGGAUAAGUCCUUACCUGCGAUCCCACCUCCUGGUGCCGGAAGCUUUGCUCAAGAAGAGAUGGAUUAUGGCCAGCCGUACGUAUCGCCUCCUCUUGAAGGCCCGUCGAUAUCAAAGACCAUUAGUGAGUUGAGGGAACCUGAUUCAGGACCUUCGCCGCCACAGGAACAUGUUCGAGCUGGUGGUCUCACUCUGCCAUCUACCACGUUCAACGGUAAGCGUGGCUCUUUUGUCUCGUCCAAGCCAGAUGCUUCCGGUAUUGGAGGUGAAGAGUUUCUGGUGCCUGUUGCUUUUGACCCUACUCCUCCUGCUGGCCACUCGCCUCAGAAUGUGGACGUAGCGAAAAUGCCUUCCGACUACUUCUCGAGAACUCAGUCCCAGUCGAAGACAAACAGUCCACACAUCACUUCGCAGUUUCAAGGCAUGCAGCGUUCUCAGCAAUCCUCAUCGGAUACACUGCGCAACCGACGGGAAGAGAGCACAAAUCGGACCAACUCGACAUCUGCAUCGUCUUACGUGGCCGUCGAACAGCCGCAGCGACAGCCCUCGGGAUCUAGCAGCAUCUCGCAGGUCGCCCGCGGUGGUGUCUCAAAAGACGACGACUUUAAGCUGCAGGAUGCUCCUAAGACAAAGCGGAUGAACUCCAGCAGUCACUCCAAAGUCGAGUCGCAAGACCAGACAACUGCGCUUCCACAGGAUUUCGCCGAUGUCGACCAGUACUCUACCCCUCGCCAUUCGAUUGACAGUCCGAUGAGCAACGAGUCACCGCGGCCGCCUCUGCAUCCCGCUUUGCUGGCCGCCAAUCUGCCUAAGCGGGGCGAUUCGCUUGAUCGAGCAAAAAUGAACCAGAGUAACCAAGGCAAGACAAUCACGCGGAAAGAAGUGAAUACGGCCAACAUACCAGCAUCACUCACCAGCGCCAUAAGCCCGAAUACGACUGGCGACAACGCAAAGGUGAAUGGCGGUAAAGUUAUCUCCGCGCCUAUCGAGUCUCCCAACUCUAAGAGCAUAUAUGAUACUCCCAGCAUACCUAAAGACCAGGCAACCGAAUCUUUUAUCGAGCCCCGCAGCGCGCCUAUGCCACCACCUCCAGGGUCUACUAAAUCUCGCAAUGAGUCGGUCAGCACUAUCCACUCCGAGGUGAAGGCACAGAAGUCGCCAUCGCUCCCCCGAUAUUCAGCAGGUGGCGAUUUUACGAUGGACGAGGACAUGGCUCGAAUUCUUGGCAACGAAGAAUCUAGCAGCUCGUUCCUGAAACGUGUCUCAAAUUCUGUGCGACAUGGCCGCAGUUAUAGCGACAAAGCUGGACGUCUCUCAAGAGACCGAUGGCCACGAUCUCCUGUAGCAAAUCCCCUCGCACAUGAAAUCAGCAGUCCCAGCAGUGCCUCACCAGAGGUGCGCGAGGAGAUUGCUUGGUUCAAGAACCAGCUUCGUGUCGAGCGACAAAAGAUGAUCGAUCGCGAGAAGAGAAUUGCCGAACUCGAGGCUCAGCUUGCUGCGAACGUGGAGAUCAAGCAGGUGAAUUCCGAACUUCGAGAGAAGAGAUCCACCAUGGUCGUCCUCGACACGCAGAAGGAGAUUGUCGUGCGUGAGCUUGAGGUUUUGACCGAACAUAUCGCUGCUGUCAAGGCCAACAAGGAGCCCCUAGAUGUGACGAAAUUCUCGACCAACGUGCUUCGAGAGUUUGUCGAUGCGCUUGAGAAGCUCAAGAACACCUUCACCCCUCAAAUUGAGGACCUGAUCGAAAAGAGAAACGCUCUUGUUGAGGAAAUCGCCAACUUGAGCCAUCUCAAGGAUAAGAGCUUUGCUGAGUUCGAGCAGUUGUCUUCCAAGAAUGCUCAGUUGGCCGAGCUCAACAACCAGCUUGUCCACCAGAUCCAGAACCUCUACAAGGCGAACUCAGGUCAUACAAAUGAGCAGACCAGGAAUCAGGUUAACGGACUCGGCAUCUACACCCAUCACAAGGAUAAGUCGAUCGAAUCUGCCACUGCGGUCCGCAACAUGUCGACUGAUGUCUCAAUUCCUGAUUCCGCCACCACUCUCGCUACCAGCGAAGCUGAGCCAAUCACUGUGCUUCAAGGGCCGCAGGUGGUCAACAUUCGAAAGGGUCAACCAAAGAAGUUCGACUGGAGAAAGGGCCAGAAGGUCGCUAAGGGCGUCACGAAAGGACUCAAGGGAGCCUUCUCAUCCGCUCAGCAGAGCUAUAGCCGUGACCUUCAAUUUGCCGAGACUGGUGCAUAUGGUCAGCAGCCGGCUGGCAUGGGGCCCGAGUAUGGUACUUCUCUGCCUGGCAAGAACCAAGAGCCUGCAAAAGGUGGCGGGUUUGGUUUCUUUGGCGCUGGUCAGAAGGCCGGCACCAAGCCCAACGGGUUGUACGCUCAGCAAGCCAACAACUCCACUCCCAGCCUGCUUGAUGCUAGUAUUCAUCUUUACGGUUCCGAUCUUAUGGACCGUGCUGAGUUUGAGCGAUCCGCCAUCCCAACCAUCGUCAAGCGCUGUAUCGGCGAAGUUGAAGCCCGCGGCAUGGAUAUGGAAGGUAUAUACCGCAAAUCUGGUGGCAACAGUCAGGUGCAGCAAGUGCGCGACGCCUUCGAGCGUCUCCAUACCGAUACCUCAGCCAUCGAUGAAGUGAUCUCCGAUCCGGAUAUGGACAUUCAUGCCGUCACCUCCGGGUUGAAGCAGUACUUCCGCAAGCUCCCAAUGCCGCUGAUCACGUACGAAGUCUACGACAAACUCCUCGCUGCAACCACCAUACCGCAGGAAAACCGCGAAGAGCGUGUGGCGGCCAUGACUGAAGCGGUCAAGUCGCUACCUCGAGUACACUACGAGACUUUGGAGUAUCUCAUGCAGCAUUUGGCACGUGUCGUGGAGCUUAAAGAUGAGAACCUGAUGACAAGCACGAACUGUGCGGUCGUGUUUGCGCCGACGAUCAUGCGUCCAGAGAGUUUAGCAAGAGAGCUAGGCGACACGAAGGCAAAGAAUGAGGUGGUGGGAUUGAUGAUUGAGGAGUGGGAGGCCGUCUUUCGCUGA